AUGAGCGGAGAUGAACAGCAGCUCUUGGGCUCUAGGAUAGGGAUGUCAGACACCGAAUCAAACUAUAGUCGUAGCCCAAGAGUGUUUGAUGGAGAAUCGGCAUCGGAGAGCUCGACCGCAGGGCCUGAUAGUGCCGAUUUCGAGACGACCGUGGGGGGAGAAGUACCGGAGGUGUCCACCAAUACGAGGAGCACUUCGAGUGUGGAAGUAGUGGGGGCUGACGUCGCCCACCCAUUGACAUCUGGUCGUCAAAUGGAAGAGGUCGAGGCCGAUGUGUCGGUUGCCGAUCCUAGGGAAGGCAUGCUGAUGGUGGUCACCGGCCGAUAA